GUCGCUGCAGUGCCAGCAGAAAAUGAAAAGGAGGCAGACUUCAUAUCUUUUUUAUUGAGUUUUUUUAUGUCAUAUCUCACCCCGCACUUAUGUGUGCUGAAUACCAAAAUCGCGUGGAACCAGCGUGGAGAAACUUGGUGGCAUGACUGGACUCCUGUUUCUGCGGUUUGAUGAUAAAGCGCACCGACUGUUUUGGAAACAUCGCACCGGCCGAGGGUAGACUGUGUGGGAGAAGGCAGAGCGGUCCUGCCCCCUUCAAUGACCAACCUUCAGUGCUAGCGAUUCAAGCCUCGCUGGCGACGCCGCAACCAUGGAAGGCUACCACGAGUGUUCUUUAUAAAAAAUGCUACGACGCUCUUGGCCCGUAGUGUGACUGUUUCAAUAUGCCUGACCGGUGGUGCUCCAUGAGGCUCUCAGUUGCCUGAUAUUAACGUUACAGGCCUGCUUUUUCCAUCUGGAAAUUUCUUGGCAGGGGGAAAGCAGGCCAGCUAACACCGCUAGCAUUAGCCUUCUCCGUGCUGCAUAUCUGGGCUUUGGCGGUGAAGGGUUUUCCAUGACUACACAAUUGACAUUAUUAUCUGUCAAUUCGAGGACAUUUUAACGCCAAAAAGUCUUUUUAUGGGAUUCAUAUCGGGGAAACAGAAGCGGGCCUAAGCCAAAAUGGUGAACUGGAGGCGGCUGCUGCGAAUGUCCAACCGAUCGUUUCUGGCCUUCAUAUUCUUCUUCUCCAUGUCAACCACUUGUCUCUACUUCAUUUAUGUGGCUCCCGGAAUAGCCAACACAUACUUCUUCAUGGUGCAAGCUCAGGGCAUCAUGUUGAGAGACAAUGUGAGAACCAUUGGCCAAAUGAUCCGAUUAUACACCAACAAGAACAACACCCUCAAUGGGACAGACUAUCCUGAUGGCAGUAACUCCAGUGAGUACCUGGUCCAGCCAACAACAUACCUCCCUGAGAACUUCACUUACGCCCAGAACCUCCCCUGCCCAGAACGAUUACCUUCUAUGAAGGGCCAAAUGGAAGUCAAUAUGACGGAGAUCCCCAUGGAGGAGAAGGAACUAAAGUUCUCCAAGUUUUUUGACAUCGAGUUCGGAGGCCAUUGGAAACCAAAGGACUGCAAACCUCGCUGGAAGGUGGCUAUCUUGAUCCCAUUCAGAAACCGUCAUGAGCAUCUACCCAUCCUCUUCCAUCACCUCAUCCCCAUGCUGCAGAGACAGCGGCUGCAGUUUGCCUUCUAUGUCAUAGAGCAGAGCGGGAGCCAGCCCUUCAACAGAGCAAUGCUGUUUAAUGUGGGUUUCCUGGAGGCCAUGAAGGACUUGGACUGGGACUGCUUGAUCUUCCAUGAUGUUGACCACAUCCCUGAAAAUGACCGAAACUAUUACGGCUGUGGUCAGAUGCCACGUCACUUUGCUGCCAAACUGGACAAAUACAUGUACAUUCUUCCAUACAGCGAGUUCUUUGGUGGUGUGAGUGGACUCACUGUGGAGCAGUUUCGCAAAAUUAAUGGCUUUCCAAAUGCAUUCUGGGGCUGGGGAGGAGAAGAUGAUGACUUGUGGAACAGGGUUCACUAUGCCGGUCUGAAUGUCACACGACCAGAGGGAGAGAUUGGAAAGUACAAGUCUAUUCCUCACCACCACAGAGGAGAGGUGCAGUUCCUCGGGAGGUAUAAACUUCUGAGGUAUUCCAAAGAGCGACAACACUUGGAUGGCCUCAACAACAUCCAUUACAGCCCCCAGAUCUCCCUCAGCAGCCUCUACAAGAACAUCACAGUGGACCUGUAUCCUGAGCUCGCCCCUAUCGCAGACUACUGAACUGCCCCCACAGACCCCCACCCAACCCCUGGUCCACACCCACAGCUCACCCAGCUCCCCUCCGGCCUUGCCUCCUAGGGCCCCAUUCAGCCACUCCAAGGCAGAGCGGCGGUGUACUGGAGGAGAGGAGGGGGGCACAGGCCGGGAGGGGUGAAAAGGCGCACCAUGUAAUGCUGCCAAGAGAUCUUAGUGAGGAAAAAAAAAAAAAGAAACAACAAACCGAAAAAAAGAGGAAAAAAUGAAGAGGCAGUGGCAAGUCUCUCAAAGUGAACUGUCGAUUGUGUCAGUGAAUCAGUGUGUGUGUGAGUGUAUGUGUGUUGGAUGCGUGAGUUGCUGCAUGUCUUUUGUCCGUGCCGGCUUAACUACUACAAGUUGACAUGAGUCUUGGUUUAGGUAGGGGGGGGAGCAGAAGCAUCUCAGCUCUGAUGUUUACUGCAAAGCCUUAAUGUGGCAGAACCACAGCUCCCUCUGCUCGGCUCCGCACUGCUUCACUUCUGAUGUAUCACCGCCACCUUACAAAGCCAACAGACAAGAUCUUGUCUCACUUUCUACUAUCAUUUGUUUUAUACAUAUCAUUUUGUUAGGCCACAGUAUUCCUUUUAAAGGAGGGAUCUGAGUGAGGUCAUCAUUGAUGUUUGUGAUAUUCUUUUUUUAUUUUGAUAUGUGGUAUUUAUUUUCUCUGAGACAGGGUGUUUGAAGAAGCGCUUCUGUCUGUGUCACUCAAGUGUUUGCUGUUUGUUUUGCUGCACUGCUGCUGAAUACGCAUGAACAUGUAUGUAAAUAUCGGCCUCUUAAAGCUCGAACACAGAACACAAAUAUGUAAAUAUGGGCCUUUAAAGCUCGGGCAUAUUACAGUGAUAUUCCAGUGGGUUUGAAUUUUAUUUUGGCAGCUACCUUCGUUCUGAGGAUUUAAUAAGAGUGAGUGUUUUCUUCCUAACAGGAAGAUCUUCUAACAUAUAGGAUUUUUGGCUUUAAAAAAGAAAACUGAAGUAUCCAAAUCUCAAGAUUUGACAUUAUCCUUUGCAUGCCUUAAUUUAUUUUGUUUACCAGAUUUUGUUCUUUUCAAGCAUAAAUUAUUUCAUCAUUUGGAGAUGUGUAUAUUUUUAAUUUUGCCUUUUUUCUUGAUGAGGUGCACUGUGUGAAAAUAGUAGAGCUGCUCUUUAGAAGGAGGGGUGGAGACUGAGUCUCCCCUCUGUGACUUUGUGCUGGGAGCAGGGUCGGCCGUUACAGCAAGAGUAUGUCCACACAUCAUGCUUGCGUGCAGGUUUAUGGUCUCAUGUGAGUGUACAUUUCUUGUCCCAGAUGUGUUUUUAUUUUUUAUGAUUUUUAUUCAAACAAUUUAGUGCUGGACCAUGUGAUAAUGCUCUUCAUUGUACUGUACUGUGCUCUGAAGCACAGGGAUUUGGGCUGGAUGCUGUGUGUGUCUGGACUGUGGUGUUUUUUUUAUUUUUUUCUAAGCUAGUGAAGCAGUCAGAAGGGCCAUUAUGAGAGAACUUCAGUGCCAACUCCUCACAGUUGAAGCCUCUGCUGUUCUUGAAUGGCACACGCUGUGAAAAGUUUAAUUUCUUAAAGCUUUGAGCACUAUAAAGAUAGAGAGAAACGUGAAGGCAGAUUAUUUUUGACCAGAUGUUCACUGUUACGAUUCUCCUCUAUAUCUCUAGUUUGAAUUUGACCUUGAAUUGUAUGUUUAACUCUUUCUUUCUUUCUUUUUUUCUUUUUUUUUUUUGGACAUUUGUACAAAUAUGUUUAAAAAAAUAACUCUGGCCAUUUUUUACCUAGGCCCUUUUUCCUGUCCUUUUCAAUCUUGUCAGCUGCUUUGUUAUGAAUCUCUGAUUUUGCCAGGUUUAUUUUCUUUUUUUUGAUCUUUGGUUGAUCAAACUUCUGACGCGCAUCUCCCUUUCGAGACACAUCCAUAGGUGGAUAAUUCAAAUUUUUCAUGACCAAAUAAAGCAAUCUACUCCAUAAA